AAAAGAAUCUUGUAAGAUGAAGAUAGUGCCAUAUACUUUGUAAUAGAUAUAUUUUAUUUAUUAGCUAUCUCCACAACCAGUCAUUCUUUAAAUUACGACAUUCAAGACAAACAAACGCUGGACGUUAGAGGAUGCCACGUAGACCACCACCAAGUCCAUUGAAAUUGUUACCAAACAAUGUACCCCUCCCUGGACGAGACUGUCCAAAGCAAGCGCAUAUACUACCACGUCUACCACCGAACGCACUAUUAAGGCAGUCACCAAUCGAUUUGACAGCUAGCAAUGUAAUGGGAGUAGACCGUAUGGUAGUAGGCUCGAGAAAUCGUACAAAUUCGUUAUCCUCAUUAUCAAGAAGUUCAAUCGAUAGUGCAGAGAGCGCUAGCAGCUUUGGAAGCUCAUCUGGAUGGGCAUUCUAAUGGCAUUUAUAUUAAAAAUAGCUGGUUCUAUUCACAAACAAUACACUCAUUCAUUCAAUAUUACAUCACGUCAACAUUGCGGUGCUUUCUGGAAAGGCACUUGUUAUAUCUGGAAUAUCAAGCUUUAAAAUAUUAUACAUACCUUGCUGGACAACUUUUCAUUACCCUCAAACUGUCAUACGCUAGAUGCGGACGGCCAAGUGAUUGUGGUAAAUUUUU